UGAAAGGUUAUAGUGAUCUCCGUUUUUAGCUUUGCAACGUUUUGGAAUAUAGUUUUUUAUAAAUGAAUUAUUUUAGUAAAAUUUGUUUUUAAUUGUGAAUUGUUAUAAUGCUGAAUGUUUUUAAGAAUGAACGAUUAUAGCAUUGAAUUAUGUUAGGAGUGACCCAUUUUAGUUUGCAACUUUUUAGUUUUGAAUGGUUUUAGGGACGCACUAUUUUAGUGUUGCCACGGACCUCGUAAAUCCCCCAACUAUAACCAAGUUUUAUGGUGAAGUAAUACCUAUAACGAUAAAGUAGAUAAAAUAUGGAGAUUGAAAGGUUUUUCGAUCGUUUAACCAAUACCCUUUUUGAGAAAAUUUUGAAAGAAACCGAUGGAAUUAGAUGUAAACUGGAUCGAUUAGAAAACAAACUUGAAGAACAAAAAAAUCAAUUUCAACAAAAUCUUAGCAGUUUACGACAUGAGUUGGAAAAUUGCAUGGAGAAAAAUGAGCCAAAGGCCCAACUCCAAACAAAUAAAACCGAAACGGAAAAUGUAGAUAUCAACUUAAGUUGUUUAAAACCGAAUCAAAUAUCUCUAGAUUAUAUAAAAUCGCUGUUGAAGUACAAUUUAGUGGCUGAAGUUGGACCUCGCCACGAAUUAAUUUUUGUAAUAGAAGUCAAAGUCAAUGGAAAACAAUACUACGGAACCGACAAUUCCAAAAAACGAGCAAAACAUAAUGCAGCUGAAAACGUUUUAAAGUCAUUAAUAAGUGAUCAACAAAAAAAUUUGAGGACAAAUUUAAAUGAUGACAAUUUGGCACUCAGGGAUGUUUUAGUUACAGAAAAUGUCGAUAUAAAUAUCAACUUAUUGAAAACCCAGCAAUUGCCUCUUGAGUACUUAAAAUCUGUGCUGAAAUAUAAUCUGGUUGAAGAGAUUGGGUCUUUACAGAAACUCACUUACAGAAUGGCUGUUCAAGUUCAAAUAAAAAACUUUACUUUGGUAUAGGCAACACGCAAGCGAAUGCAAAACUUAAAGUAGCCGAGGAAGUUUUUAAAAAAUUAAUGAGCGAAGCAAAUGAAAUUAAACUAAAAGAAGAACUUGAAAAUGUACAAGUCGAUCUAAAAAACAGACAAAUUUGUGCGAAUUAUUUAAAGUCUUUCUUAAAAUACACUCUUGUUCAAGACGCUCCUUUUUUCAAAAUGGCGGUCAAAGUCAAUGAUAAAGUUUAUUACGGGGAAGGUGAAUCCAAAACAAAAGCUCGAAAUGACGUAACGGAGAAUGUCUUAAAGUCGUUAACUGGCCAAUCGAAAGAUUCUGAUUUUUCUAAAGCUGUUUUUUUUCUCAACAAACUGUAUCCCAAUGCUGUGUACACCUGCACGGAACUGACUAACGUCGUACCAUCUCAAUUUAAAGUCACCAUAAGGGUUGGCGAAGAGAAAUUUACGGCAAUUGACCCGAGCAAGAAAAAAGCCAAAAAGGCGGCGACGUUUUCGGCUCUUACAGGACUCCAAAACAGUCCAAAACCCGAAAUAGGUGUCUCUGGAAAAGCCGAUUUUCUUCGCAAAAUAGUUGAAGACAAGAUUGAAAAAUUAUUAGUCAACGAUUCAGAGCAUUGGAAACGGAAAGUCACUUCCGGAAUUGUGAUGACAAGAAAGGGAAAUGUUUUGGACUAUUGUGUGAUUGCAGUCGCGACGGGGACUCGAUGCAUUUCGGGGAAAAACUUGAGCUACAGUGGUGCCAACUUGAACGACAUGCAUGCCGAAAUUCUUUCGCGGCGGUGUUUGAUCAAGUAUUUUUAUGACGAAUUGGAACAUUGCCUUGAAGGAAAAGAUUCGAUUUUUAUGCAAAAUGGACGAAAAUUUACACUAAAAGAUGGAAUUGAGUUCCAUCUUUACGUAAAUACGACACCGUGUGGUGAUGCUAGGGUGUUUAGCCCCGAUAUUGGAAAUACAAGCCCUAAAAAAAAUUACGGACUUUUGCGGACAAAAAUUGAAGCUGGUGAAGGGACACAUCCGACGAAAAACAAAACUUUUGCUAUACAAACUGUUGAAAAAAUUUCUCAGGGCCAGAGACUCUUGACAAUGUCUUGCUCUGAUAAAAUUUGCAGAUGGAACGUUUUAGGGCUCCAAGGGGGCCUUUUGGCAAAUUUUCUGGAGCCGAUUUACCUACAAUCGAUCAUUUUGGGAAAUGUUAUACAUGAAUCGCAUUUACAGAGAGCACUUUACGGCCGGAUCAAAGACACCCUUCAAACCCUUCCGUCUCGCUACCGUUUAAAUAUCCCUUCAAUGUUUUUUUUACCAUCAACAGACCCAAAAGUUACUAAUGGUCCAAGUUUUGCAAUCACGUGGUCUCGAUAUGACCGAAGUUACGAAAUCAUUAAUACUAGAACCGGACAAACAGAUUUGGGGCCGUCGAGAUUUUCAAAACAGGAGUUAUUUAAACGGUUUGUUAAUCUAAGUGAGAAAAUUUGGGGUCAAAGUCAACAAAUACUGUACAUCAAGGCGAAAUAUGCCGAUUUAGAAUACAAUACGGCGAAAAAAAUUCUAAAUGAAGCUUUUGAGAACGCAGGUUUGGGAAAUUGGAUUUCAAAACCUGUAAAACAAGACAUGUUCACUUUGUGACAUAUCACAAAACGAUUGUUUUACUUUUUAUUUUAUUUUUACAAAAACAGUUUUAAUAAAAUAUA